AUCCGUGACAAGGCCAAACUGAUCUCGUCUACAGAAGACCUGGGGAAUGACCUGGCAGGUGUGAUGGCACUGCAGCGCCGACUGACCGGCAUGGAGCGGGACCUCGCAGCCAUCCAGGCCAAGCGAGUGGUAGAGAGGGUGAAAAAAGAACUGCCUUUGAUUGAAGAGCAGCUUGAUGCUCUGCAGAAGGAAGCAGACAAACUGGCAGAGGAACAUCCCGAGGAGGCUGAUGCCAUCCGUCAGAAGAUUGCCCAGAUCCAGGACGUGUGGCAGGAACUCAGAGUCAUUCUGAAGAAGCGAGAUGAAGCCCUAGGAGAGUCCGGCAACCUGCAGAGAUUCCUGCAAGAUUUAGACAACUUCCAGGCUUGGCUGACACAGACACAGACAGCCAUUGCCUCAGAAGACAUCCCCAACAACCUAGCAGAAGCAGAGAAACUGAUGACACAGCAUGCUGCCAUCAAGGAAGAAAUCGACGGGUACGAGGAGGACUACGCCAAGAUGAAGGAGAUGGGAGAAAAGGUGACCAACGGCCAGACGGAUGCCCAGUACAUGUUCCUGCGUCAGCGUCUGGGCGCGCUGGACGAGGGCUGGGAGGACCUGCACAAGAUGUGGGACAACCGUCAGGAGAUGCUGUCCCAGUGUCUGAACGAGCAGCUGUUCCUGAGGGACGCCAAGCAGGCGGAGGUGCUGCUGGCACACCAGGAACACUUCCUCACCAAGCAGGACGCUCCCCGACGCUCGGGUAUGGACCAGAACUCCCUGGAGGCGGCGGAGAGCGCUGUGAAGAAACAGGAGGCCUUCAUGCAGACCAUGGAGGCCAACGACGAGAAGAUCAACCACGUGUGCCAGUUUGCCAACCGGCUGGUGGACGAAAACCACUACGCAGCAGACAAGAUCAAGAGCAAGGCUGAUACCAUACAGGAUAGACGAGAUGGCAACAGAAAAUUAGCAGACGAUAAUCUGGAGAAGCUACGAGACGCUCUACAACUUCAACAAUUCCUACAGGAGUGUGAUGAAUUGGGUUACUGGAUCAAUGAGAAGUUACUGACAGCCCAGGACGCCCUACCAGAGGGCACCCGUAACCUCCACAGUAAGUGGCAGAAGCACCAGGCCUUCAUGGCCGAGCUGGCAGCCAACAAGGACAGACUGGACAAGGUGCACCAGAAUGGUGACGACCUGAUUCGCGAGAAGCCGGAGACAGCGGACGUGGUGAACGACCGGCUGCGCCAGCUGCAGGAGCAGUGGGACGAGCUGGAGAACACCACCCAGUCCAAGGCACAGAAGCUGUUUGACGCCAACAAGGCCGAACUGUUCGCACAGAGCUGCGACGACGUGGACACCUGGAUCAACGACAUCGACACACAGGUCAAGUCUGAGGAGUACGGACAUGACCUGACUAGUGUCAACAUCUUGUUGAAGAGACAACAGCUUCUAGAGAAGGACGUUGACAUCAAGCGUCAGCAGAUGUUGGAGCUCCAGAACCAAGCAGAGGUGUUGAGGAACGAGGGCAGCAUUGUGGAUGAGGUUGAUGGAAAGAGAGUGCAGGUUGAGGAGAGUAUGGCCUGCUUGGCUACCUCUGAGUCGGUGAAGGAACGGUUUUCCCAGCUGGAGGGACCACUGGCAGGCAGACGGAAAAUGUUGGAGGCCUCCAAGGAGCUGCAUCAGUUCCACAGGGAUGUGGAGGAUGAGAAGUUGUGGGUAGCAGAGAAGAUGCCUCAGGCCACCUCCCGGGACCACGGAAACAGCCUGCUCAACGUGCAGACAUUGAUGAAAAAGAACCAGUCGCUGAGAGCGGAGAUUGACGGACACCAGCCGAGGAUUGACGAGAUUUGCGAGCGCGGGCAGGCCAUGGUGAGCAGAAGCCACCCCAGCUCAGACGCCAUCGAGCACCAGAUCGAGGACAUGCAGAACCAGUGGGCCGUGCUCAUCGACGAGGUGGACGCUCGCAAGCUGCGGUUAGAGGAUUCUGAGAAGGCACAGCAGUACUACACUGAUGUGGCCGAGGCAGAGGCAUGGAUGAGUGAGCAGGAGCUAUACAUGAUGGCAGAGGAAAGAGCAAAGGAUGAACCAAGUGCAAACGCCAUGUUGAAGAAACACGAAGGCAUUGAGAACACCAUCGAGGACUAUGCACAGACAGUCCACGAGUUGUCUGAAACCAGUCGCAACCUUAUUGCAGAAAACCAUCCAGAAAGCGACCGAAUAGCGACGCGGCAGGCACAGAUUGACAAGCUGUACGCCGGGCUGAAGCACCUGGCGGAGGAGAGACGGGGUAAGCUGGACGAGACGCUGCAGCUCUUCCAGCUGAACCGGGAAGUGGACGACUUGGAGCAGUGGAUCGCUGAGAGAGAGGUGGUGGCAGGAUCACAUGAGCUGGGACAGGACUACGAGCAUGUUACAAUGUUACAGGAUCGUUUCCGAGAGUUUGCCAGGGACACAGGAAACAUUGGGUCGGAGCGCGUGGCGGCGGCAAACGAGAUCUGCGACAAGUUGAUUGACCAGGGCCACUCUGACGCGGCCACCAUCGCCGAGUGGAAGGACGGUCUGAACGAGGCCUGGGCGGAUCUCCUGGAGCUCAUCGACACAAGAACGCAGAUGUUGGCAGCGUCGUACGAGCUCCACAAAUUCUACUAUGACUGCAAGGAAGUCCUGGGCAGAAUACAGGAGAAGCAGCAAUCCAUGUCAGAUGAACUAGGCCGUGACGCCGCCAGCGUGACAGACCUCCAGAGGAAGCACACCACGUUUGAAGCCGACAUCCAGGCCAUUGGGUCCCAGGUGGUGGCCGUCCAGGAGGACGCCAACCGACUCAAGUGUGCGUACGCCGGCGACAAGGCCAAGCAGAUCGAGCAGCGCGAGGCGGAGGUGCUGGAGGCGUGGAACAACCUGAACAUGGGCGUGGAGGGCCGCAAGGUCAAGCUGGGCGACACGCUGGACCUCCACCGCUUCUUCAACAUGCAGCGCGACCUCAUGCUCUGGAUGGAGGGGAUCAUCAGGCAGAUCAACACGGAUGAGAGGCCUAGAGAUGUGUCGGGCGUGGAACUACUGAUGGACAACCACCGCAGCGUGGAGGCCGAGAUCAACGCUCGUGACGAGAGCUUCGCCGAGUGCAUCCAGCUGGGCAACAGUCUGAUCGAGAGGCAACACUACGCCUCCAAGGACGUGGAGGAGAAACUGGUGCAGCUGAAGGAGGAGCGCAAGACCAUGGUGGACGCCUGGGAGAGAAGAUGGGACUUCCUGCAGAUCAUGCUGGAAGUGUACCAGUUUGCACGGGAUGCGUCCCAGGCCGAGGCGUGGCUUAUGUCCGUCCAGAACUACCUUAGCAAAGAGAAUCUGGGAGAGUCUGUGGCUGAGGUGGAGAAACUGAUCAAGAAACACGAGGCGUUCGAGAAGUCCACAGGCACCCAGGUGGAGCGCUUCACCGCCCUGGAAAGACUUACCACUCUUGAACUGCGGGAAAAGAAGAAGACAGAGGAGGACGAGUUCCGCCGCACACACCCAGAGAGCCCCAAAGCCGUCUCUCCACCAAAAUCUCCUGCAAGCCAUGACUCUGACGACGAGGCCACCUGGCAGCCUCCGGCUGAAGCGCAGGCUGUCCAAGCCUCGCUCCAGCAGCAUGUGCUGGAAAGUGAGCCUGACGCGCAGCAUCACGUGUCGUUUGCGGAGCCCGGGUCCCCGAUGUGGGUAGAGGUGCACGACACCCCCGUGGAAGACGAGCAUGAACCCUCCCACCUGGAUGUUUCCACUGACAUUGAUACUGACCCUGAGACUAAUGUUGACACUGGUGCCAGGGAGGAGGCACAGGCUGUGGUGGAUGGAGAAGUGGCUGAGCCAGCUAAACCUUCCCCAGAGCAACAGCCCGUAGUGAACGGCGAACAUGAGGCAGCACAGGAAGCGGCGCCGUCGGCUGAACCCGUGGUGAACGACAGCGGGGAGCCCGGCCAGGCUGAACCCUCCAUGGAGGGCAUGCUGCACAGGAAACAUGAGUGGGAGGCUCACGCCAAGAAGGCUUCCAACAGGUCCUGGAGCACAGUGUACACUGUCCUACGUGACAGCACACUCAGCUUCCACAAGGACCAGAAGGCCUUUACCUCCAAUGUCACCUUCCACGGGGAGGAGCCCGUCACAGUGGUGGGGGGCACCUGUGAAGCAGCUACCAAUUACACCAAGAAAAAGAACGUCUUCAGGCUUAAGCUGGCCAAUGGUGGAGAGUACCUAUUCCAGGCUAAGGAUGAGGAUGAAAUGAACUUCUGGAUCCACAAGAUAUCAAGCAUAGCAGACGUAGGGGAGUCCAAGGAGCCGGCGCGUGCAGCCACAUAUCCACCUACACGUGGCGAGGCAGGCGACUCUUCUCCCCAGGCACCGGAGAGGAAGAAGAGAGGCUUCUUUACUCUAAAGAAGAAAUAAAAAGUGCUAGUGCUUUUAACCACUAAGUUGCAUGUAUCGUGUACUAAGAAUCUCUAUAAGUAUAAUGUUAAAAUGCAAUGUCUCAAAUUUUAACUGGUAUGUAGCGAAUGAGGAGUUUACUGUUACAAGUCGUAGUGUAAACUGUACUCAGUGUCAAUCCUGUAUUCAGAUAAUUCUGAAACCAUUUUGUGGCUAUUACUGCUAUUAUUGGAUGCAUUAAGAGAUGUGAACAGAAUCCUGCUGUGAUUUUCAAUAACUACAUAGCAAUUUCAUCAUUAUUCAUAGUACUGGUUAAGAGAACUUAUGGAUCCAAAUAAAAAAAGGUGCUGUAAGACUAAGAGAACAUGGUAAUAUAAGGUAAUGUCUGCAGCAAUUGUAAUUCUGCCGCUUCUACAGUGUUGUUUCCCUUGCGUAUGCAAUACCCUCGUAGUAUUAGGGAUGUACCUGUGUAUGAAACGUGCUGUCAGACAGUCAAUCAUUUAAACAGAAGUAAGGACUCCACUGUUGGGCAGCAAAUCUUCGUGUUUUCAAGUUAGAGCAUGCCCUUCUGUAGGUGUUAAAGCAAUUACCAUGCUUUGUUUACUUGUAUGUUUGAUACACACCCUUACAUUGUAUGGAGGUUACGUCUAUUAGCAGAGGAGACAGGCUUGUCACGGUCUGACUUUUCUAUAGAGCAUAGCAAAAGAAAUUUCGAGGCAAGGCUGUUGCUUCUGAAAGCUACUGGCCAUUUUUUUGUUUGUACAUGUAUUUUUUGGUAGCCAUAGAAAGUCUCGCACCCCACUUCAUGUAAUUCUAUAAUAAAAAAAAAGAUUAUAAGCAUUUUUUAUUGUGUAUUUCCAGCUUCCAAGUUUGCUUGUCUUUUGUUCCUUGGUCAAAAACAAGAGAUUGCGAUCUUCAAGCUCACAUAACAGUGUUGCAUAACCAUUUGGGGCAAAAGACAAUAAGUGUUCAGAUUACCCGUGCUUGCUUUCCAGAAGAAAAUAAAUCCACAAAUUAGAAAUA